AUGGGAAACAUUUGCUCCAAGUCCGCUAACAAGCCGGACAACUUCUCAACUCCGGGAAGAACUCUUGGAUCCAGUGCUCAGCCCAAACCCAACUCGACCACCGUGCCACCGAAAAUCACCGCUAGUACCCCUGGUCGAGCACUGGGAGGAAGAGAUGGAGCCUCAAGUUCGGAAGAUGCAAGAAGCGCUGCAGCAAAAGCCGCCGAGGAACGAGCCUCAAAGGCCAAUAAAACGGGUGGCAAGCUCUCUGCCCAACUCAACUCGCAGAAAAAACAAACUCAAAAUCAGCUACUAAAUUCGAGGUCCGAAGAAGAGCGACUCGCUCGAGAUGCAGAUGAACGCGUUAAAGAUCGCAAUUGGAACUGA